AUGGAAAACUACCACGCCGGCGCCGGCGCCUCCUACGAGAGGCCGGAGGCCCUGCCUCCGGGCUUCCGGUUCCACCCCACCGACGAGGAGCUCAUAACUUAUUACCUCCUCAAAAAGGUCCUCGACUUUAACUUCACCAGCAGAGCCAUAGCCGAGGUUGACCUCAACAAGUGCGAACCUUGGCACCUCCCAGGCAGGGCGAAAAUGGGGGAGAAAGAGUGGUACUUCUUCAGUCUCCGCGACCGGAAGUACCCGACUGGUCUGAGAACAAACCGGGCCACCGAGUCGGGUUACUGGAAGGCAACCGGAAAGGACCGGGAGAUCUUCAGCUCCAAGACCUGCUCGCUUGUGGGCAUGAAGAAGACAUUGGUUUUCUACCGUGGCCGGGCCCCCAAAGGCGAGAAGAGCAACUGGGUUAUGCAUGAAUAUCGUCUCGAGGGCAAAUUUGCCUUUCACUAUUUAUCCAGUAAUUCCAAGGGCGAGUGGGUCAUCUCUCGGGUGUUUCAGAAGACUGGCUCCGGCUCCGGCACCGGCCCCUCGGCCGCCGGCAAGAAGAGGCCGCCGCCGCCCUCCGGCAAUGCCGCCAAGCUGGAGGUUAGCUCACCAUCUUCGGUUUCCCUUCCGACACUCCUUGAGCACUCCACGGCCUCGAACGAUCGUGAGAGUUGCUCGUACGAUGGCAAUGCCGCUACAAGGGAGCACGUGCCCUGCUUCUCCACGACGACUGGUUUUGGCUACACGACCCUAUUCGACCUCCCAGCACCGCCACUUUUGCCACCGCCGCUCCUCCACGACCCGCCGUCCUCCUCCAUGGGCGCCGCCCGUUUUGCCCGGCCAAAUGGUGGCGGUGACUUUGUAGGGUUUCCCAUUGGGUUUCCGAGCCUACGGUCACUCCAAGAAAAUCUGCAUCUUCCAUUCGUCUUCUCUGCCGCCACGCCGCCGCCUCCACCACAUCCGGUGACCGGUUAUGGAACUGCCGGCCAGUGGGCUCAGCCGCCACAGCCGCCGGAGGGUUCGAGGGUGGGAUCCACGGAAUUGGAUUGCAUGUGGGGUUACUGA